GGGGUGUAGGGGGGGGCCGGGGGUGGAGUAGGGUGAAAUAGAGGCGGGCGUGUGUCACCGGGUAGAUACCCGCGGCCAGGUACAGGCGGAGGCACUGACGAUACGGAGUGGAUGCGCUCUGGGCUGGUGCUCCUGGGCAGCGAGCGCACGAGCAGCCACCGCCCGCCCGCCCGGAGCCCGCGGGUCACUCGCCCUGCGCCGGGGCGGGCAGCCCGUCCGCGCCGCGCCCGCCGCCAGCCCCAUGGCCACCAGGGUGCUGACCAUGACCGCCCGCCUGGGGCCCGUGCAGCAGCCCGAGGAGCCGGUGUUCGCGCAGCUGAAGCCCGUGCUGGGCGCCCGGGAGGCAGCGAUCUUCCCCGGAGAGGACAUGAAGCAGCAGCCGCCGCCGCCGCCGCAGCAGCAGCAGCACCCGGGGGGCGGCGGCGCGAACCUGCCGGCGGAGGAGAUGGUGCAGACGAGAUGUGAAAUGGAGAAAUACUUGGCACCUCAGCUCCCACCCGUUCCCGUCAUCCCUGAACAUAAGAAAUACAGAAGAGACAGUGCCUCGGUUGUAGACCAGUUUUUCACUGACAGCGAAGGGUUGCCUUACAGCAUCAACAUGAACGUCUUCCUGCCCGACAUCAGCCACCUGAGAACUGGCUUGUACAAAUCUCAGCGACCCUGUGUAACCCACAUCAAGACAGAACCAUCUUCAGUCACCAUCUUCAGUCACCAGAACGAAACUACUGCCCCUGCUCCUGCUCCCACUCAGGCCCUCCCAGAAUUUACCAGCAUCUUCAGCUCCCACCAAACUCCUGACGUGAACAACAUUUUCAUCAAGCAGGAGCUUCCUACUCCAGAUGUCCAUCUUUCCAUCACGCCUCAGCAAGGCCAGUUGUAUCAGCUCUUGAGCUCGCCGGAUUUAGACAUGCCUAGCACCACUCCUCAGGCAGCCGUGAUGGACUCCCUCAGCAACGUCUCCAUGCCCUCAGCCAUGGCGGGCCUUAACACGCUCUCCUCGGCUGUUCCACAGACUGCAAUGAAACAGUUCCAGGGCAUCCCCCCCUGUACCUACACCAUGCCAAACCAGUUUCUGCAGCAGCAGGCCACUUACUUCCCUCCUUCACCCCCAAGCUCAGAGCCUGGAAGUCCAGACAGACAAGCAGAGAUGCUGCAGAAUUUAACCCCUCCUCCUUCAUACGCCGCAACUAUAGCUUCCAAGCUGGCGAUUCACAACCCGAAUUUACCAGCGACUCUGCCCAUAACCCCCCAGAACAUCCAACCUGUCAGAUACAACAGGAGAAGUAACCCAGAUUUGGAGAAAAGACGUAUCCACUACUGUGACUACCCAGGCUGAUCAAAAGUUUAUACGAAGUCUUCUCACUUAAAAGCGCACCUGAGAACUCACACAGCUACAGAGGCCGUCCCUGUUCCUGGACCCGCGAGGAGCGGAGCUGGGCACGGUGUUGGUUGUAUGGGCGCAGGAGCUGUGAAUGCUGAGGACAGUGGCUGGGAGGUGGAACUGCCCCACAUGCUCUUCCCAAGUGUUCACCUGCUGAGGCAGGGGGGAGAAGGGCAGAGGGAGAGAAGGAAAAACACAUUGCUCACCACCAGCACGCCCGAAACUGUUAAGGACAGUUCUUUGCUGGGAUCUUGGUACAGAACCACUCACGCUAAAUUGGUGAAUAGCACAUGACUUGAUUUUGUAAAGAAAUGAAAUGAAAGGACUGUGACUCCUGUAUUUAGAAGUGAGUGUGAACUCCGGUUCUUUUAUGCAUGGGCUUGGAAUCAGAGCAAAACACGAGUCACAGUUCAAGCAACUUUGUUAUCGAAGAGGAGGACUGUGCCAUUCAAGGAGUGAGUUUUCACCUAAGCUUAAAUCAAAGCUUGUCCGGAGCUAUGGUCUAACAAAAUGUUUCACUGUCUCUCUGGAAACAAGGCCUUCUGUUCAGCAGCUAUUAUAAAUGGAUUGUUAGAUUGCUGUAAAGAAGUUGAGUCCAUGAUAAGUGUUACUAAGGAAAUCUUGUUUUCAGAAAUGAAAGUUACUUGUGUUGUACAGUGAAAAAUUAAAAGCGAGUGUAGAAAAUUAUUGUUUUGCAUUAGAGACAGGCUAAGCACCAACGCUGUUAAAAGUAUUAUUAAUAUAUAAUCACUUGCUAGCAGUAAGUUUAGUAAGAAAGGAGUAUUUUCAUGAGGCUGAAAAUCUGAGUAGUGUCAGAGAGUAGAAUCCCAGUUUAAUAAAUAAUCUGUAAAUUUAAGUGUACGAUUUCCACUUGCGCACUUCAGCCAGGAACUAAAUGCCAGUUUUAAAUAUCUUGAUUGCUAUUAUAAAAUAACUAGGAAGAGAGAUAAAAGCAAAGCUUUAGUCUAAACAUUAACACUACCUAGUCAGCAUUUGAAAUGAAUGCUUUUCCUUUUUUAAAUCAAUUUGUAACGUUUUCUGUGCCUUGAGUGGUAAUGACUUCAGGGUUUAAAAGUUAGUUUCUUGUAUGCAUAGAAAUACAUACCUCAUGGCUAGCAUAUAUUGCUUAGGGUCACUAAUGUUUAUUGUUACCUUCACUUUUUUACCUAGAAAUGUGGAUAAAAUGUGCAAAGGUCAGAGGAGCUGAUGUAUUCAUGGAAACAAGAAUGUUGUUUUAGAUAAAAAUCUAGUGAACUUAAGCAGGUCUGUAAUACAAAGGGUCUUCUGGGGAGGUGAAUGAAGGGAUAAACUGUCUAAAGCGUGCAUUACAUGCAAGAAUGUGAGUCCUGUAUCCUGUUACCUGCAGUAUUUCAGAGUUUGGAUUAGUUUAACUCUCCUGAAUAUUCACUUCAUACUUGAAGAUUUCCAGCAGCGAUUCUGAUCUCUGCCUUAACAUACGAUUGAACUGUGUUUCAAGAGCCAGAUCUCUGACUUAAGGUUUGAUCGAUUAAGGAAUGCUAAAGUAAAGGGGUGCAAACUCUCAGGGAAAUCUGUGAAGUUGCUCAGCCUUCCCCAAGAGUGCAAGGGAAUCUUGCUAUUGAUCUCGGCAGGGAUCGAUGCCGAGGGCUAAAUUAGGGGAUGUGCCGUUGUUCAUCCCAUCCCCCCAGAACUGUGAAUUAAUACAGCACUAAUAAGUUUUGAUUUUUCAGUUUUAAAACAUUUUUAAAGGACCUUGUGAAGCUUUUACCUUCAAAGUCUAAAGCAAAUGUCACGUAAGCCGUUUUAAUAAAGUUGUGUGUGAUAUUCUUUCAAAUCCCUUCAGGGAUAGCAGACCUGUUUAUCUGGCUAAACCCGUUCUUUAGUAAUCAUGGACCACUGAAGUUGUUCUCUCCUUAUUCUUAGUUUCUUAACAAUACCUUUUAAAAUUGGCUGCAGUCUCUCUCUCAUCCCAACCAGUCCCUGCCCUUCUCAGCAAUCUGUCAUCUUAAAAUAAAAGAGCCUGCAGCUAAGUUUGUCUGCCAUUAAAAGUCAAGACAGACCUCAUGGUUUUCCUUUUGUAUUGGAAAAUCUCAGCCUUUUCACAGUAUUUAUUUAGCAGCCUUUUUCUUCUGAAAAGCUUUCUCUGGGUUUAGUAGAUGAUCUUUGAGAACAAGCCUAAGGGAAAUGUUAC